AUGAGCAGUGUUCAAAUAACAUUCAAUAUUACUAGUCAUAGACCUUCGUAUGGUCCAUGUGAAGUUCCACUUACCAGAAUAGCACAUUGUACACAUCGGACAGUUAACUUAAUAAAAAUGCUACGUUCAGUAUCCAAUAAUGGAUCCACAAUACAUUUUAAGGGAAAAAAGCAUAGUAGUUAUGAGCAAUUACCAGCUUUAAGUUGGUGGAAUAUUAUACCUGAUAAAGAGUCUAUGCUUGGACAUCCAACUCCUCAUUUUAAUACAGAUCGUUCAAAUACUUUCAAAGACAAAGUAAAUGAUCGAAAUACAGCACUUUAUUCCAUUAUUCCAGAAGAUUUAGUUAAUAUUUAUGAUGAUAAUGAUUUUUUAUGGCGAUGCUAUCGUUGGGGUAAUAAUGAAAAUCCGAAUAAAAUCAAUUAUAAAUGGGAUCAUCCAGAGUUUGCAAUUGUUGCUGGCAAAGAUGGCUUUGAUUUUACUGCUGCUCAAGGUUUAAAAAUACACUUUGUUGAUCAUAAGAAUGCACUUUGUGUAAAAAUUAAAUAUUCAUGUAAUGAAAUUUGUGACAUGUGUUGCACAACAGAACAAGCAUGUAUAAAAUUUUUACGCAUUAUACAUAAAAAUGGUAUGAUAUUUUGA